GAGUUCGUCGAGAGGCACCGUCGGGUGGCAGUGGGAAGGGCGGGGCUGGUUCUCGGGUCAAGGAUAAUAAACAGAAACCUACUGUCGAAAGUCAAAAUGGAGACGAUGAGAUGGUGGCUAGCUCUGACGACGAGAGCAUAAUCACGCCCGCAGCCAGGAAAAGGCAAAAGCCAACACCCACUCCCCCCUCGACCUUGAGGAAGGGUAAGAAGAAGGUUGUCGAGAGUGAAGACAGUGAUCUCGAACUGCCUAUUACGAAAAAGAAGAAGAUAUCGUUGGAUGACGAUGAGGAGAGUGAGCCUACGUUAAAAAAGAACGUCACUUCACUGGAAGACGACAAGAGUGACUUGCCUCCGAGGAAGAGGAAGAGCUUGGUGAGGGGUCUUUCGAAGAAUGACGAGAGUGACCCGGAACUGCCCACUCCGAAGAAGAUGGUUCUAUUGGAUGACGACGAGAGUGAUUCGAAACUACCGCGUAUUCCGGGAAAGAGCUCUUUAUCGGAGGAGAGUAGCAGUGACCACGAACCUCCUACCCAAGAUGAGGAGGAUAUAAAGGAGGACAUGGAGUUGGCUGCGGAGAACGCCAUCUUGGAUAGGAGGGAGCGCAAGGGUGGGUCUAGCAAGAAGAUGUCUUUCAGACAGAGGAUGGCACAUUUACGGGCCAAGCGUGACCGGAAGGCUGGAAUUACUAGCUCGCAAGCCGUACGGUCUUCCACACCUUCAGCUUCUGCUCCUUCCUCUGGCGGAGAUGGAGAUGGUUCCGACUCAACCUCAGGCGAUGAGGACUUGGACAGCUUCGUUGUGGAAGACGACCCCGACGACCUGAUUGGAGCUCCCGAUGUCCAAAUCCCUCUCGAAUUCACUUCGGCUGCACACGAGUCCGACUCUGAGCAGUUCAGGCUCUAUGUGGAGUUCCUGAUACACGAUGUUCUGUUUCCCAAUACCGUCACCAAAGGCGAAGUGGAAACCAAUGCCGUCAGACGUUUGGAGACAGCUGCUGCCUCUUUCGGAAACUCAGUGAUCCAGAGCGGUGCCUGGACGGCUUCAUUCGCCAGAGCACUGAAGGCCAGACCCAACUUGGUUACUGGUGAGUGUGAGAAAGCAGAUCACUGUGAUGCCUGUAACAGGAACAACCAGCAUUGCACCCUCACAGUUCAAUUCUUGGGCCACCGUUACAACAAGGACACUCUCUGUGAUUUGUCGAGUGGUGAGGAAGAAGAAUCAACGGAUGAGCAUGGAGAAGAACUGUUUCCCGAGGACAAAAUCUUCCAGCUUGGAAAAAUGUGUUAUACCAGAGCACGCAGUGCGCAUACUCUGUUCCAUUGGAAGAAGGAGCUCAAGGGCUGGGUCGAGAAGCACCUCGAGUCCACCGGUUACAUUGAUGAGGAUGGCGAUCUCGUGGACCAGUCGAUCGGUGACACGCCGAUUGAGGAUCAGAUGGAAUAUGUCAAGAAGGUCAUUCACAAAUGUCGCAAGGACAUCAAGGAUCUCUACGGCGACUUCAAGCGUACCGUGAAGCAGGCGCGCGAGAGCAUGGAAGCGAAGAAAUGGAGAGGCGGUGAUAAGGCUGGUACCUUCAUCUAAUGGCUGGCAUCGGCACCUUCCCCUCAACUCGCCGAUGCAGUACAUACACCAUGGACGUUCGUUGGGUUUGGAUCUGUUUAUGUCUUCGGGCCAGGCGCAUCUCGGGAAUUCACUUUUACCCCUUCCAUUGUCGGG